UACAAGAAACAGUUGGAAAAAACGGGAGUAUGGAUACUCCUUCCCUUUAGUACAUGCCAUGUCAACAUCAUAUUAAAAAUGGCGUGGGUCUACCAACAUGAGAAUUUUCCUGAUCUUGAUGAUGGUCGGCGGUCGUCCAAAAUAUGUGGGUGGCAGUGAGAUAUGGUUGAUGAAAUUCUCUCUGAAAAUGGCUAAGCUGUUUUGGAAGUUCAUCCAGUCGGCUUUUGGGCAAUAACUUAUAGCCAAUAAUUUUUUAUUUGAAUUAUGGAUUUGAUUCUUAUCCUGACUGUAUCGACUCAUGUAUCUAUUGACUUGUAUUACUGAUACACCAAUGGCAGAUCCAUAUAGACCCAUCUCGAAUGGGCCACUGUAUAGAAGUUGCAAUAUUAGUACUUUGGCCACACUACAUGAGGAGAUGGUUCAACAAAAUCCAAGCCUUCGAGAGGAGGGGACUGCCAUUAUCUAAGGUACAAGACGAAAGCCUAAGUCUAAGCUUUUUCAAAAGUUUCAAUAUUACCAGUACUGACUUUUCAUAAACGUUUCAAGAAUAGAAGUUUUCUUUGUUUUCUCCAUUGCUUUUGUCUUAAUCCCUCUGGUUUGUGAAAUAUAUGGUAGCUUUUUUAUUUUUGGGUUUGUUUUUUUCUCCUGAAGUUGGAUUUGGUUCCUUCCCCACUGUGUCUGUAACAAAGUCAGAUGCUCUACAGACGCGUGCGCCCACGACCGUAGAGAGUCUAGAAUCAUAUGCGGAUGCCGCGUGCGCAGCCGGCAGAUUGAAUGCCGGUCAAGGUCAAAUUUCAUGCGCACGUUGUUGGCUAGCUAACCAGGCCAAAUUUCAUAUACUUAUUUUUGUUUGUAUUAUACUCUCUUUUGGCCUGCCCUUCCCCACCUUCUCAAACUUUGUUGACUGCUUUUUUACGCUAUAUUUUCUUAAAGAAAUCUUUUACAAGUGAUGGAUUUGAAUUGCCGGCGAGUAUUGGGUCUGGGGAAAGGUAAGAAAGAUUGAUUGUAAAUUGGUUUUAGGGUAGAGAGAAAAUAGUUUAUUUAGAAAAAGGUUGUUUUGUAGUGGGAGGAAAAGUCCAAAACUUGCCAAUUGGGGUUUUCACAAACUUCCCGUCAACGUCAUAUAAGCUUCGCAUUUGGACAUUUUGAAGGCAAAAUUGAUGAGGAUGAGAAUGGAAACCACUGACCCAUCUGCCAAAUUUACGCCCAAAAUCGAAACCCUCCAUUUCUGCGUUAUUUCCACUCUCCUUUAUAUCAUUCCAAUUUCCUUCCAUGGCUUCCACAACUGAACAACCCCAAAAUCCCAACUCCAUCUCCCAUGGCGGCGCAUCAACCCAGGCCACCCCCCAUGCCCUACUCGCCACUCAACGAGGAACCAGAGGAUCCCCCGCCAAAUGGGUGCGGCUGUUUCCGGCUAUUCGGCUUCGGAUUCGACCGGAAUGCCGAUUCCGAAGGUAGGAAUCUUCUGCGGGGAGAGGGAUCUUGGAUGGCAAGGAAAUUGAAGAAGGUGAAGGAGGUUUCGGAGAUGGUGGCCGGACCCAAAUGGAAGACGUUUAUCAGAAAGAUGGGCGGUUAUUUGAAGGGGAAGAAGCAGAGGAAUAGGUUUCAGUAUGACCCAGAAAGCUAUGCUCUGAAUUUCAAUGGAGAAGAUGAUGGCCCGCCCCUUGGCUUCUCUGCUAGGUUUGCUGUGCCCAUGGCGGCCAGAGAACAACAUUGAACAAAUUGACUCUGAUUUUUAAUGCAAAUAAUUAGGAGAUUAUAUACAGAAAAGAUUAAAUGUUAUUUGUUGGUAUGUGUAUAUAUGGAAGAAUUUAGAUCCUUGGACAUUGGUUCGUUCAUUUUUCUUAUUCUUCUUCUUGGGUUUGGUAAUUUCUGAAUUGUGUUCUUCUUGCCUUCGGUUCAUUUUCCAUUAAUUGACUUCCCCUUUCUUUCA